AUGAAGUCUGCUGCCGUCGCACUUUUCACCUUGGCCUCUGCUGCCAUUGCCCAGCCUCACGGCCAUGCCCGUCGCCAUCACCAUGAUAAGCGUGACCUCGUUGUCGAGUGGGUUACUGAGGUUGAGACCGUCACCGUUGAGGUAGACGAGACCACCACCCAGACCUUCUACCCUGCCAAGACCGAGGAGGCUGCUGCCACCACUGUUGCCACCUCUUCUGGAUCUCCUGGCGAAUUCUUCCAGGCGGCCGCCAGCACCAGCAUCUACUCUGCUGCCGCUCCCUCGACUACUCUGGUUGUCAAGCCCUCGACUCAGCAAACAACCGAGGCUGCUCCCGCCACCAGCAGUUCCAGCUACAGCACCAGCUCCAGCACCAGCACCACCCCCAUCGUUGUUGUGCCUACUGUUGUUUUGCCCACUACUACUGCCGAGGCCCCUACUACCACUGCUGCCGCUGAGACCACAACUUACGCCGCGGAACCUACAAGCACAACUGCCGCCGCCGCCACCACUGGCUCCGGCUCCAGCUCUGGUACAAAUGUCAAGAACAGUGACAUGACAUACUACGCCAUUGGUCUCGGCUCUUGCGGUUACGACGACAGUGGUCUUGACCUGACCAAGCCCGUCGUUGCCAUUGACUACCACCUGUGGGACUCGGUCAGCACUCUCACCAGCUAUGGCGUUGACCUGCCAGCCCACCCCUUCUGCAACCAGGAGAUCACCAUCAAGUACAAUGGCCAGACCACCACUGGUAUCGUUCGUGACAGAUGUGGUGGCUGCGUGGAGAACGCCAUUGACGUGGCCGAGACCAUCUUUGACGACCUGGUCGGUGGUACAACCGCUGGCAGAGUCGAGGUCGAGUGGUACUUCAACAGCGGCGAGUGGUAA